AUGGCCGAGGCGAACUACACAGGACCCGAGUGCCUCUUUACCGGCCCAGACUCGGGAGCUGAGGCGGGAGAGUGCACCCAGAUGCCCAGCUACCUGGCCAACUACGAGAUGUACGAGAUUCUCGUGCAGGCUGAGAACCCAGAUCUCUAUAGCAACAUUAGCACCAUCCAGUACGAAGAUGAAGGUGACGUGUUGAUCUAUAAUGAGAUGAACUGGGCGUCUUGGCUCAGCCCAUCCAGCUAUGCCUCGCGACGCAGCUGGACUGACGGGCUGAAUUUUAGCAGCACCUCUAACUGGGCAGUUGACUUGAACCAGACAUAUUUCAACAACAGCACAGGCGAUCUGCUCAGUACUGGCCUAGAGGAUUCUUUUGACAUGUGCGACUAUUCAAAGACAUUUGAUAGCCUGGAUGACCCUCUCAGCCCAGAGCAGUUUGCUGUGCUCAGACUGUGUUGCCUUCUAUACUCUUUGGGCAAUGGGACUCAGAUCCUAUGCUCAGAACUCAACUCAACUGAUGACAAUUUGACUAUAGCAGAGAAAACCACUGCUUUGACUCUCUCUGGCUCAGAUAGCUAUGAGGGCACGCUCGCCACAGCCAGCCUUUCCCCCAACUGGGUCACCUUUGGCGACUAUGAAAAAGACGUCUUGUUUGUCACGCCGCAUGUGAGCUGA